AUGGAUAGACAGAAGUCGUUAGCAGCUGGAUUCCGUAGGAAUAAACAAAUUUCGGAUCAUGUACUGAAGAUAGUCCAUGAAAUGGAUAAGCUGACCGAGGAAUGGGCCAGCUCUGGACCUGAGUUGGUGGACCUUGCUGUUGACAUUACUGUAACGGAUGUCGAAUUGAAUGCACUACUUCGAAGUUUCCUUAAUCUUCGCGACAAACUUCUUGACCCUUCCAAACAUACUGUUCGGAACUGUAUGAGAUUUCAACAACACAUGAAAUGCCUUCGUGAUCGAAUUCGUGUCGAACGGCGCGUGAGACAACUGCAGUAUUCUUUGUCGGCAAACGCUCUUCAGCUUAGUGAGGAGUAUCAGAAUAAAAUCGCAGUGUUGAAGCAGCUCGGUUAUGUUGAUAAAUCGGGUAUGGUGACUUUCCGGGGUCGAGUAGCGUGCGAAAUUCAUCAUCAGGAAUUGCUUAUAACUGAGUUGAUUUUAUGGAAAAAAUUACACGAGAAGUCACCAGCUGAAGUAGCAGCAAUGUUGUCGGCGACCACUUGCCAGCACAAAAGCGGUGAAGGAGCAGUGUUUGGCAAAGACGACAUAUUCCUUAAGCUCAAGGAGGAUUUGCUGUCGAUAAAUCAGAAAAUAAAGGACGCUGGUGCUAAGCUGAGAGUUCAAAUAGUCGACAUUGGUGAUGAACUGCGAUUUGAUCUUAUGCGAGUUGUGUAUUACUGGGCAAAUGGAACGGUGAUUCUUCCAGUUUUAUAG